AUGACGCACCCGACGUUUGACAACGAGACGUUCACGCUGCCCGUACCGGGCACAGAGCUCUACCUGCGACCCGUCCGCCUCUCGGACGCGCCCAACCUCCGGGAUCGAUGCGCGGACCCGCUCAACGUGCAAUUCCUCCCGCACCUCCAAGGCAAGGAGAACCAGACAGUGGCCGAGGUGGAAGCGUGGAUCAAGACCGUCCAAGCCGGAUUCAACAAGGAUAGCCUCUUCCUCGUUGUUGUCGACUCUGCCUCCGACACGGUGAUUGGAGAGGGUCCGCUCGGAUUCAUCGAUUGGGAAACCAAGGAAGCCGAGUCUGGUGUCAUGUUGGAUCACCAGCACGCGGGGAAAGGCGUGGCAACUAAAGUAUUGAAUGCCAGCAUGGACUUUGCCUUCAACGAGCUAGGGCUCGAGAAAGUCAAGUACGGUACGCUCCAGGAUAACAAGGGAAUGGCUAAGGUGUUGACGGAAAAAUUGAAGGUCAAAGGUAUGCCAGAGCCGAGAACGAGGAAGGACGGCAAGAAGGAGUACAACUUUGUUUUCACGAAGCAAGAUUGGCUCGCUGCUUCUUCCUGA